AUGACCGUUGAUGGAGCCGGGCGCCGUCACAACUAUGUCUGGCAUGACAUGCCGGAAGAGGUGCGAAGAGACCUUGAGAGACGCCGCAGUGGCGGGAAGAAUCCCAAAGAGGAGAGAAAACAGAACAAACGUGACACUAACGGUUAUGCCGAGAAGGGGGCAAAUGUACCACCAGCGAGGAAUGAUCCUCCAGAGAAUGAAAUCAUCCCCAAAGUGAAUAAAGCGCAGCAAAGGGCAGAGGAGGAAUACCCCAAGGAGGAAGAUGAGCUUGUAGAGAAGCUCCUCCCUCAGGAGGAAGAAAUGCUUGAGGACGACGAUGAGGAAGAUGGACCGCGGGAAUUGGAUGAGACUCGAUAUGAUGUACAUGUUCUUUACAUUCAGGAUGGCUUUGACCAGGCUUCUGAAAGCAAAAGGUCUCGAAACACCAUCCGUUUUCGUGGUACCCGGUGGUCAAAAAUCCUGGAGGAUGAUCAAAACGUGCUGGAAACUGCCUUCAAAGAUGACGUUGCUGAAGCUAUUGGCAUUGAUAAAAAAUAUAUUUCGAAUGUUCAGUUCGAGUUCUGUGAUGUUCUCAUAUCUUCUUUUGUCGUCCGUCACGAGAAUGACGCAGACAUGGCUAAAGCGCAUGAGAAGUUACAGUCAUACAAAUAUCCGCAUACAACCGGAUUGUACAAGAGGUAG